AUUUUGCACUCGCGCGGUCACACUAGAGAGAAGCAACAGCGUACAAAAAAACAUGCCAGAUCUAGUUUAAGCCACUCCACAAAGCGGCGGUGCGCGGCGCUUAACGGAAAGCAAGAAGAAACUGGAAUUGGAAUCGUAGGCGAACCGAGAAGCCACGAAUCAUACAUAUGUGUCUGCUUUUUCGCCAGCGAAUUGGAGUUAAAUGAUUGAGUAGUGGAUAAAAUCGGACAUCGGACGCACAAGAUCCGGAUCCGCGGAGCCACUUUUGCGUGAAGUGCUUGGAAGUGCUACCUCAAAAAACCAUUAACUACCACCAAUCACCCCUCAACUAGAAGAUAUAAUAUAUCAACAUGCUGCCUCGGUUCCGUUCCUUCUAUGGCAAGCUGAUCAUCUUCAUUCUGGUCGCCCUGUGCUUCAUCCUAUAUAGCAAGGUGCAACAGAAUGGACCACCGGAGGAACCGGUGGUGAUGCCACUUGGCCGGGUACCUGCUAUACGAGGCCCUGGGCGCGAUCGGUACGAGACGUAUAGCGACAGUGAAAACGAGAUCGCCCGACCUGCCACCCAGUCACCCUACGAGCAGGUCAUCCAAUUGGAUCUUCAGAAACAGAAGGCGGGACUCGGCGAACAGGGCGUGGCCGUUCAUCUUUCGGGGGCAGCCAAGGAGCGUGGCGAUGCCAUUUACAAGAAGAUUGCCCUCAAUGAGGAGCUAAGUGAGCAGUUGUCCUAUAAUCGGAGUGUCGGUGACCACCGGAAUCCUCUGUGCGCCAAACAGCGCUACGAUGCUGAAUCCCUUCCCAGUGCCAGUGUGGUUAUCAUUUUCUUCAACGAACCCUACUCCGUGUUGCUGAGAACCGUGCACAGCACUCUGAGCACCUGUAACGAGAAAGCCCUCAAGGAGAUUAUUUUGGUGGACGAUGGUAGUGAAAAUGUGGAACUCGGCGCCAAGCUGGACUACUAUAUUCGAACGAGAAUUCCAGAAGGCAAGGUCACAAUUCUGCGGCUCAAAAACCGUUUGGGUCUGAUUCGUGCCCGUUUGGCCGGAGCUCGAAUAGCCACGGGGGAUGUCCUCAUCUUCCUGGACGCCCAUUGCGAGGGCAAUAUUGGUUGGUGCGAGCCACUUCUGCAGCGCAUCAAGGAGUCCCGAACGAGCGUCCUGGUGCCCAUCAUUGAUGUCAUUGAUGCCAAUGACUUUCAAUACAGCACCAAUGGCUAUAAAUCGUUCCAAGUGGGCGGAUUCCAAUGGAACGGCCACUUUGAUUGGAUCAACCUGCCGGAGAGGGAGAAACAGCGGCAGCGACGGGAGUGCAAGCAGGAACGGGAGAUUUGUCCAGCUUAUAGUCCCACCAUGGCCGGUGGAUUGUUCGCCAUGGAUCGACGAUACUUCUGGGAAGUGGGUAGCUACGAUGAACAAAUGGAUGGUUGGGGUGGCGAGAACCUGGAAAUGUCCUUCCGCAUUUGGCAGUGUGGCGGCACCAUCGAAACAAUUCCAUGCUCCCGCGUGGGACACAUAUUCCGAGACUUUCAUCCGUACAAAUUCCCUAACGAUCGUGACACACACGGCAUAAAUACUGCCCGCAUGGCUCUGGUGUGGAUGGAUGAGUACAUCAACAUAUUCUUCCUCAACCGACCGGACCUGAAGUUCCACGCGGACAUUGGCGAUGUGACCCACCGAGUGAUGCUGCGCAAGAAGCUUCGCUGCAAGAAUUUCGAUUGGUACCUAAAGAAUAUUUACCCUGAGAAGUUUGUACCCACCAAGGAUGUGCAGGGCUGGGGCAAGGUGCACGCUGUGAACUCCAACAUAUGCCUGGACGAUCUGCUGCAGAACAACGAGAAGCCCUACAACGCUGGCUUAUAUCCAUGCGGCAAAGUACUUCAAAAGUCGCAGCUGUUUUCCUUCACCAACUCUCAGGUCCUGCGCAAUGAGCUGAGCUGUGCGACAGUGCAGCACAGCGAGUCCCCACCGUACCGGGUGGUGAUGGUGCCCUGCAUGGAGAACGACGAGUUCAACGAGCAGUGGCGAUACGAGAGCCAGCACAUCAUUCACAGUAAUACUGGAAUGUGUCUCGAUCACAAGGGACUCAAGAGCAUGGACGACGCUCAAGUGGCACCAUGUGAUCCACACAGUGAAUCCCAAAGAUGGAUCAUCGAGCAUUGAGAUUAUGCCUAGCGGGGGAAAAUGGGAUGGGGACCAAAACCAACUGAGAGAUACUGACUAACGCCGACUGAACGGAACUCGAAUUCAAAUUAGAACAACUCUUUGUAAAUACAUAAAUCGAAUGCUAGAAUUAUAUAUUUUCUGUACACUAACCUGUGUAUGAUAAGAAGAAAAGACGACGGGGUAGCUAGUGCAAAUCAAAUCAAGUGGAAUCAAAUCAAAUCAAAAGAAAACAAACCCAGCAAAUCAAACGCAAACGAGUCAUUUGGAAAGCAAAUAACAAUUAACUGUGUGUUGUGUACUUUGUGUGUGUAUAAAUAUAUAAAUAGAGCAAGUUGUAAGGAUAGUGUGUCCGAAACAUCCUAUGUAAAUGAUAUUUAGUCGCCAUGUGAUCAUGUAAGGAUGUAAGAAGGCAGGAUAUGGAACAAUUGCAUUCCAUGGCCAGGGAUUCAACGAGGAGCGCUCCCAUGAGCUAUGCCCUCAGCAAUAACCAACUAUGUAAACUGUAAACUAAAAGUGUUGUAAGCAUUUAUCUACUAACAUAACAAUUUUGCCAUUUGUUUUCAUGAAAUAAAACACUUCCGACUGGAAGAUGCACAUAUUCAAA